AUGUUUAUUUUAGAAGAAUAAGAAAUUAAAUUAAUGAAGGAGUAAUAGAAAUAAAAUGAAAGAUAAAAAGACUACUUUUUUCAGAAAUGUAACAAUUAGAAGCUGUUUAAUAGAUAAAGAUUAGAUUAAUAAGAUUCAAAAAGAAAAUUAUAAUAUCAAAUCUUUUUUAAAAAUAUAAAAACAAAGUCAUUAAAAAAUUGUUAGUUAAAUCUCUAAAAUUCACUUAUAAAUCCUCUUAAAUAAAAUAUAAUUAAAUAUUGUUAUAAGAUUUAUCUGUUUUUAUAAAUCCUUUGGAAACUGCCUUAUAAUAUGAUUAUAUACCAUGCGUUUAUAUUAAUGUUUUAAGUUUAUUAGUUGAUGAAAAUGAUAAUGCUACUAAUUUUAAUUGUAAUUUAUUAACGUUUUUAAAAUAUAUUAAAUAAUAUAGAAGAAACUAUUAUUAUUGAAAAUUCAAAUUCUUUAAAAAGAAUAUGAAGAAAUUGAUAGAGAAAAAAGAGAAAAGUAAGAAAAAAAAAAGAAUGAAAGAGGAAAGAAGACUUUAGGAAAUAGAAAAUGA